CCACGUGGUCCGGCGCCUGUGAAUCGCGCCCGCCGGAGGCUCUCACGGAGCAAUACAAAAGCAGCUGGGAAGCGGCGGCCAGGCGAGUUCCCAGCGCCGGGCAGAGCCCCGCAGCGCCCCGCAGCCGCGAUGGCGCCGAGGCGCCCGGAGCCCCGGAGCCCCCGAGCCGCCGGGCCCGCCUCGCCGCCGGGACCCGGGCGCCCGGGCUCGGCUUGAAGCGGCGGCGGCAGCGGCGCGGCCGGGGAGCAUGGGCCGGAGGAUGCGGGGCGCCGCCGCCGCCGCGGGGCUCUGGCUGCUGGCGCUGGGCUCGCUGCUGGCGCUGUGGGGGGGGCUCCUGCCGCCGCGGGCCGGGCCGCCCGCCUCCCGGCCGCCCGCAGACCGCCUCCCGCGGCGCCCGGCCCGCAGCAGCGGCCCGGAGCCCGCGCCUCGCUUCCCUCUGCCCCCGCCCCUGGCGCGGGACGCCCGCGGCGGCUCCCUGAAAACUUUCCGGGCGCUGCUCACCUUGGCGGCCGGCGCCGACGGCCCGCCCCGGGAGCCCCCCGGCGAGCGCAGGCGGCACGUGCCAGCCGGACGGCUCCGGCCGGAGGGGCGCGCCGCGGUGCACGGGGGCGUCUUCUGGAGCCGCGGCCUGGAGGAGCAGGUGCCCCGGGGCUUCUCGGAGGCUCAGGCGGCGGCGUGGCUCGAGGCGGCGCGCCGCGCCCGGGUGGUGGCCCUGGAGCGCGGAGGCUGCGGGCGCAGCUCCAACCGGCUGGCCCGCUUCGCCGACGGCACCCGCGCCUGCGUGCGCUACGGCAUCAACCCCGAGCAGAUACAGGGCGAGGCCCUGUCCUACUACCUGGCGCGCCUGCUGGGCCUCCAGCGCCACGUGCCGCCGCUGGCAUUGGCCCGGGUGGAGGCUCGGGGCGCGCAGUGGGCGCAGGUGCAGGAGGAGCUGCGUGCUGCGCACUGGACCGAGGGCAGCGUGGUAAGCCUGACGCGCUGGCUGCCCAACCUCACGGACGUGGUGGUGCCCGCACCCUGGCGCUCCGAGGACGGCCAUCUGCGACCCCUGCGCGCCGCGGGGGGCGAGCUGGCCAACCGCAGCCAGGCGGAGCUGGUGGACCUGGUGCAAUGGACCGACUUGAUCCUCUUCGACUACCUGACGGCCAACUUCGACCGGCUCGUCAGCAACCUCUUCAGCCUGCAGUGGGACCCGCGCGUCAUGCAGCGCGCCACCAGCAACCUGCACCGCGGCCCGGGUGGGGCGCUGGUCUUUCUGGACAACGAGGCGGGCUUGGUGCACGGCUACCGGGUGGCAGGCAUGUGGGACAAGUAUAACGAGCCACUGCUGCAGUCCGUGUGCGUGUUCCGCGAGCGGACAGCGCGGCGCGUCCUGGAGCUGCACCGCGGCCAGGACGCGGCCGCCCGGCUGCUGCGCCUCUACCGGCACCACGAGCCGCGCUUCCCGGAGCUGGCCGCGCUCGCCGACCCCCACGCUCAGCUGCUGCAGCGCCGCCUCGACUUCCUCGCCAAGCACAUUUUGCACUGUAAGGCCAAGUACGGCCGCCGCCCGGGGAUUUAGCGUCACCCCAGGAAGAAAGAGAGAGAAAGCCCUGCCUGAGGAAUGGAUGAUGGGGGAAGGGCCGUCGCCUCCGCCGCCCCUGGGACCAGCCGGCCAACGCCCACCAGCGGCCCCAGCGCGCAGGCGGCUACAAACUUCGCUUUCACCCACCUGCCUCUUUCUCUCAGUCCCGUGCUGUUUCCUUUAAAGCUCUGGGAGGACGAACUCACCGAGGCGAGAAGUGUAACAUUCCUUCCACCCAGCCUAUAAAAGGAUUCUUUCCUGUGCCAGCACGGAGUUUGGAUCCAAAGAAACGGGCUGCCGGAUUUUGGCCCCCGGGUAGCCGUCUCUGUGGAGGAUACGCCCCCAUUCCUUGGCCCCCUUCAUUCCCUCUCCGAAAGAGGAAAACUUCUAUUUGAGCCAUUGAGCUAAUUCUGCGAUUUCCUACCGAACGCAGCGCUGGUGGCCCCGGAGCAGGGCUGUGACAUUGGCUGGUGGAGCCCCCUUCCUGUGCUCUGCCUUUGUUCCAGCUCCGUGAUGGUGAGAUCACUGUUAAGAGCUGGGGAACCGCUCCGGACAGGACAAAGGGAGCAGAACCUGCAGACCCGGAGAGUUCUGCAGACCUGACAAUUUGUGUGAUUUGUUCCUUGCCGCCUGUCAUUUUGGCCCGAAGGCUACAAACACAGGGCCGGCUGUGUGCACUGAGUCGAAUAAUGAAUUUCUUCUCCCGCCCCCUCCCAACCGACCAAAAUUUUGACAAUGAUGAGGUUCAACGGAAGGAAAAAUCAAUUUCAUGCACUUUAAUUUGUUUUUAUUUUAAUUUUUUAUUAAGAAAAACUUUUUUAUUUGAUAAAAUUUGCCUUCUAUGUAUAUAUGUGCAUAAAGUGGUGUAAAUAUACUAAACAAACUUAUAUUUCAAUAAAAGGGAGUUUAAAGUUUAGAGUUUAAUUCUUAUGGUUUUAACUGUUUGCAGUGUUUGAGGCCCUACCUGGUUUUAGAAUGAUCUUUAGAGUUUCUUCCUUGUGGACCUGCUUGUAAAACAAAGGAUGCAUAUAUAUCCCAGCUGUGACUGCGGAACUUCUAGAAUUGAAGAAAAGCAGGAGCAGACUCCGUGUCCCGCUCACUCAAAUGAACCCUAGCACUCAAAGUUUCAGAGUUCAGCUUAGAAUGUGGGGGAAGGAGAGAGAGAUGGAAGGAAAGUAUUCUAUUUCCUGGCAAAUAAAACUUUGAUGUAAAA